UGCCGAUGUAGGUGGAAAGGCCCGCCCUAUGCCUUGCAGGGGCGCCCAGGGCGUACGUGCGGGACACCGCCGUCAUCGUUUCGGAGCCCGCGGGCCUGUGCUGGGCGGCCCGGGCUCCUCCGCCCCUCUCUCUGGAUGGUUCUCGCUGAUGGCGGACAGCCCUUCCUCAAAUGCUCAGUGGCCUUGGAAUAAGGUGCUAAAUCAAACUGAAAUCUGGCCCCUUGUAGGCAAGGAAUCUGCCACAGAUCUUCCAGUAAUGGCCUUGAAGAUGGACUCUGAGUCAAAGCCGGUGAUGUGAAAGGAAUCUUGCCUCUGAUGAUACUAAUGGUGAUUAUUUUCUUGCUGCUGCUGUUCUGGGAAAAUGAGCUGAAUGAGGAUAUAGUGACGGCUUCUAUAGAGCAUUUGCAUGUGGACUACCCUCAGAAUGGUGUUCCUAAAAGAAUGAAGUAUAGUAUUAUAUCUGAGAUGGAGACCUUCUUGCUGCUAUUGCUUGGGCUGGGAUUGGCUCUUGCAGGACCUUCAGAAAGCAUCAUGGAGAUGAUGAAAGAAGAAUGUGUGAUGGAAGAGACACAAUGUGCUACUGUGGAAAGUGGCCAAGUAAAAUACACUGUUGGGAUAUUAAUGAAUUUGACUCUGUUUGAUAAAAAUACCAGUCUUAGAUUAUUGAAGGAUCCAAUGGCUUCCUCACUACUGAUGUUCAGAGGAUUAUCUUACAGCAUUCCCAAGGGAAACAUUUUAGGGAGUGAUAAGUACUAUUGUGAUGGCAUGAUGACUUGGAGAAAAGUUUUAGAAGAAAAUAGGUCAUGCAAAUUGAGCAAUGACUUCAUACAUGGAUUUAUGGGCAUAAUACACAAGGUUUCCAAGGCCUCCCACUGGAAAUGUGGACAGAUUCCUGCUGUCAGCUACAGUGAGAGCCCAGGAAUGCAGAAUGUGAUAUGCAAGGUCACUAAAGGCAAACAGGUCCCUGGGUGCCAGUCCCACAGUGUUACCUCAUUAAAGAAAAUGUUGACAGUGAUGACAAGUCAUUCUCUGAUGAGCUGGCUAGUCAGUAGCUCUAAAUUGUAAAUAUUACAGGGCUUUGAGACUAGAACCUAUAUAAAGAGGGACAUGUUCACCCUCAUUUCUAUCCUGCUAUGCAUAUUUAGUAUUAUGGCAAGCUACUUAUACCAACUAGAUGAGGGGAAAAUACAAGACAUAACAAUUCAAUUAACAUUUAUAACUGGAAUGCCAAUAUAUUCCCUCCUGCCUCUCCCUCUGGACCAAACUGAAUUCCAUCCUAGCUCAGCUGUAAAGCCACUGAGUAAAACCGAGUCUACCAAAGUGGACAAAAUUACAAGUAAAAGCUUCAAACCAGUAAAAACAGUAAGUAAAGAUGAGAUAUGUAGUCAAUUUUCACAUGCUUUUCAAAGAAUAUGAGCACCAGUGUAAGCAUAUGUCACCUAACUGUGGUUUGCCAGUCUUCCCAGAAGAUGCAAGAAGAUCCUUAGACUUAGCUGCUAUUCUCAGCACCAAUGGUUUGAGCACUGCACAGCCUCCAGACCUCCACCAGCAUGCCUAUUUCACAGGCUGCUGCAAAGAGAAGAAAUAAACCUCUUCAUGCUUAGCUUUUAUUCAAGCAGAGUCUUGCUAUGGAUAAAACAUCAACAUUAGAGAUGGGAGUAUGAAGGAUUGGUCUUCAAUCUUGAUAUUUUCUCAUAUUGUAGUAAGUUUGUUUUUCACUACUAAAUCUUCACCGUUGAAUGCUGCAUAAAGCACAGUAAUGUUUACUGUUAUGCAGAUGUAUGCUUCUGCUUCUCCUGUCCUUGCUUCAU